CUGUGGGUGAAAACAUUCAGCACCCUUGUUUCCGAGGUAAUUAUGUCGUGCUUGUCAGAAUGCCACAACUCUGCCGAGACUUGGAGUGCUGCUUUUGAAGGAGAAGGUUCGUCAGGUGCAACCCACUUUUCGAACAGGUUCACUGACUUUGCUCGUAACCUUCAAUGAAUCUUUAAAAGUCUCUUUUAGUGUGCAGGCAUGGAUUCAGAAGGAGGUAAAAUGUCAAGUACAGAGUCGCAGUCUGUCUCACCUCGAUCGUUACACGUGCUGAUAGUUGGUGGGUCCAUCUGUGGCCUUUUUGCUGGUAUUAUUAUGAAAAGACUCGGAUACACAGUCCGGAUACUCGAACACAAUCCCGCAUCGGUCUUGCCAGCGUAUGGAUCCGGUAUAGUGUCUGGUCUGUCGGUCCAGGAGUUUUUCAGAGAUGCGACCCAUCCGAUCAACCAGUCAGCGCAAAGAGCAGUAUCUGGCAGACCUUGACAUAUCUGGAACCGUUGUCUACCAGAGCCAGUCCCAAAAGUACACCACGAGCUGGGACCUCCUCUACUCGAUGCUCAAACGGUU